AUGGAGCUGAAUUCACAUCAGAGACCAUUUUCAAUCAAAUUAUGGCCUCCUAGUCAGAACACUAGACAGACCCUUGUGGAGAGGAUGACCAACAAUCUGACUACUAAAUCUCUUUUCACACAGAAGUAUGGGACUUUGGACAAGGAAGAGGCUGAAGAGAAUGCAAAGAUGAUUGAGGAUAAGGCGUUUGCAACAGCAAACCUACACUAUGAGAAAGAGCCAGAUGGUGAUGGAGGUUCUGCAGUCCAGCUUUAUGCCAAAGAAUGUAGUAAGCUUCUCCUAGAGGUUCUUAAAAGAGGACCUGGUAAAAAGGAUGAUGAAGUGGUGACAUCUGUUCAUACCACUGUGCCUCAUGAAUCUGUUUUUGAUAUAUCUAAAGGCAAAAGGGCAUUCAUUGAAGCAGAUGAGGCACAGGAACUUCUAAGUCCAUUGAAGGAGCCAGGGAAUUCUUUCACCAAAAUAUGCUUUAGCAACAGAAGCUUUGGGUUAGAAGCGGCACAAGUUGCAGAGCCCAUUCUCACUUCCCUCAAGGACCAGUUGGUAGAAGUAGAUCUGUCAGAUUUUAUUGCUGGAAGACCAGAAGCAGAAGCUCUUGAUGUCAUGAAGAUAUUCUCAACUGCCCUUGAAGGCAGUGUCUUGAAGUCUUUAAACCUCUCUGAGAAUGCAUUAGGUGAAAAAGGUGUAAGAGCAUUUGGAGCACUUUUGAAAUCCCAGAAAUGCUUGGAGGAGCUUUAUCUGAUCAACGAUGGUAUCUCUAAGGAAGCUGCUCGAGCAGUUUGUGAGUUAAUUCCUUUCACAGAGAAACUCAAAGUUCUUCAUUUUCAUAAUAAUAUGACUGGAGAUGAAGGGGCACUAGCUAUAGCUGAGAUUGUGAAGCGUUCUCCUUCAUUGGAAGAUUUCCGUUGUUCCACCACUAGGAUAGGCACUGAAGGUGGAGUUGCCUUAUCUGAUGCUUUAGGGAAUUGUACCCAUCUGAAGAAGCUUGAUCUACGAGACAACAUGUUAGGCGCCGAAGGUGGGGUUUCUCUGAGUAAAGCUCUUUCUAAGCACACAGAGCUAAGAGAGGUAUACCUGAGUGACCUGAACUUGGAAGAUGAUGGUGCAAUUGCUAUAGUUGAUACUCUUAAGGAAUCAGCACCUCACCUUGAAGUUUUAGAGUUGAGUGGGAACGAUAUUACAGCUGAUGCUGCUCCUGCAAUUGCAGCCUGCCUGUCAGCAAAGCAGUUUCUGUAUAAGUUGAACCUCUCUGAGAAUGAACUAAAGGAUGAAGGUGCCAACCUGAUAAGGAAAGCCAUAGAAGGUCAUGCUCAGUUAAAGGUAGUUGAUCUAAGUGCCAACCAAAUAACCAGGGAUGGGGCUCAACAAUUGGCUGUGACUGUGGUGCAAAAGGCUGAUUUCAAACUUCUGAAUAUUAACGGGAAUUUCAUUUCCAAUGAAGGCGUUGAGGAGUUGACGGAUAUAUUUAAAAGUUCUCCUGACAUGCUCGGUCCCCUAGAAGAUAACGACCCUGAUGGAGGAGACAACGAUGAAGAAUCUGAAGAAGUUGCGGAUGAACUGGAAUACAAAAUGAAGAACCUUGUAGUUGAUGAACUGAAGUAG